CUGUGAGCGCGCGGGGUGGUGUCGCGGUGUGCGGGGGUGGCCGGGCGGCUCCAUGUGGGGGGUGCUGCGGGCCGCGCUGCGGGCUACGGGGCGGGUGGGUUGGCCCGCUGCCCUCUGUCGCCCCAUGGCUGCUUCGGGCCCGGCGGCAGUGGCCCGGGGAUCCGCCAACACCGCCGGCAUCAUCAUCAUUGGCGACGAGAUUCUCAAGGGCUACACGCAGGAUACAAACUCCUUCUUCAUGUGCCGGCGACUUCGUGCGCUUGGCGUGAGUGUCGCCCGGAUCUCGGUAGUGCCCGAUGAUGUGGAGGCCAUCGCCAGUGAGGUGGCCGCCUUUGCUGCCCGCUUCACCUUCGUGCUGACUUCCGGGGGCAUCGGCCCCACGCACGAUGAUGUGACCUUCGAGGCUGUGGCUAAGGCCUUUGGGGAGAGAGUUAUUCUCCAUCCCGAGCUGGUGGCCCUGGUGCACAAGUUCUUUGGCAAGACGGAGGUGCAGUGCCCUGAGAUGAAGCUGGCUCGUGUCCCCGAGUCCUCCCGCCUCAACUAUGGCACAGACCGGCACACUGGCAACACCUUCAAGUACCCACUAGUCAGUGUGCAUAAUGUCUACAUCUUCCCUGGCAUCCCGGCACUGAUGGAACGUGCCCUAGAUGGCCUUGCUCACCUCUUUCAAAGCAAACAGACCCACUUCCACUCCCGCACCAUCUAUGUGGCAUCCGAUGAGAUGUUCAUCACGCCUGUGCUGGACUGGGCUGACGCCACCUUCCGGGGCCGUGUCAGCUUGGGCUCCUACCCAGACUGGACCAGCAACUACUACCGUGUGAAGCUGACCCUGGAUUCAGAGUCGGAGCAGGACCUGGAGGAAGCGUACCGCUUCUUGAUGAGGGAGCUGCCACCAGGCAUUGCUGUACCAUUGGUGACAGACUGUGUCUCUCCAGCAGCUGUGGAGGUUUAUGGCCUGGCUGAGUCAGGCUCAGCCCUGGGGCAGAAGGUGGCAGCAGCUCUGCAAACCAUCGAGGAGGCUUUGGACCGGUACAGCCUGGUCCAGCUCUGCGUGGGCUUCAACGGGGGGAAGGACUGCACAGCCCUGCUUCACCUUGUCCAUGCUGCUGUGCAGAGGCAGUUCCCAGCAAGGCAGGAGAGGCUGCAGGUGCUCUACAUUCGCACUGUGUCCCCAUUUCCUGAAAUGGAGCAGUUCAUUCAGGCAACAGUCCAGAGGUAUGGGGUUCAGCUCUGCACUGUGGAGGGCUCCAUCCGGGAGGCGCUGGCCCACCUGAAGGAGCAGCAGCCACAGCUGGAGGCUGUCCUGAUGGGAACACGGCGGACGGACCCUUACUCACGCACCCUGACCCCCAUGUGUGUGACAGACCCUGACUGGCCCCCUUACAUGCGGGUGAACCCCUUGCUGGACUGGACCUACCGGGACAUCUGGGAGUUCCUGCGCAAGCUCUUUGUCCCCUACUGUAUCCUCUAUGACAAGGGCUACACGUCCCUGGGGAGCAUGGCCAACACACGGAAGAACCCAGCACUACGCUAUACUGAUGCUCAGGGCCGGGAGAGCUACCGGCCUGCCUAUGAGCUGGAAAAUGAGGAAGAAGAGCGCACCUCCCGCCAGUGAAAGCCACACUCUGGGAGGCUCCACUGGAAUGCUUCUGGGAGUGACACUGAAUAAAGUCGCUGCCUGUCAGCACUAAAUAAACCUGCUGCAGUCUGCACUGCA